AUGUCUUUAAUACAAACUGAGAAUCUUGUACAUUUUGAACAACAAUAUCCAUAUCUCACACGAUUCAACCUUCGAGCUCAACACAAACAAGGAUAUCGUACAAUAUCGCGUGUACAACUUGAAGAAUUACUCUCUAGUAUUCCUCAUUUAGAACAGCUCGAGCUUGAGAUUUCGGCAGAUAUUGAUCUUAUCGAUGGUAAUCAAUGGGAAAUAUUCUUGACUCGUCAUUUAAUUAAUCUUAUUACUUUUGAUUUUAAAUUUGAUUUACAUCAAUAUGAAUAUAAUAAUAUUCCACCGAAUACAUUUCGUUCUUCUUUUUGGCUCAACAUAAAACGCUGGAUUGUUGUAUUAGAUCCUAUUGAUUCUAGUUUCAAAACUGUACCUCGUUUUGCUCGAAAAAGCAUUCACUUUUCGAACGAUUAUUCUCAACCAACAAUAACAGAUGGUUCAUUACCUUUCUUUGAUCAUUAUAUGUAUAUUCGUGAAAUAACUUUAAGUUCAUUUAUAAAUAAUGAUUGGAUUGAACGACUUGGGUCUAUUGUUAUUUUUAAUCAAAUUGAAGAACUCAAUAUUGGUAGAAAUCAACUUUUAGAAAUCUUAAUAAAAGUCAAACCUGUAAUGCCUCAACUAAAACGACUUAUUGUUUCUUGUCUUUCAUUGAAUACAUUAGGAAAAAAUAAUCUAAAAGAUUGUUCAUUCGAACAAAUUCGUUCACUUCGAUUUUAUGAUACAGAUUGUACUGUUAAUAAGGCUGAUAAUCUCUGUUACUUAUUUCCCAACCUUGAACAUUUACAAAUCUAUUUAAAACAUCGUCUUGAAAUCAUUCCAUAUUUGGAACGAUACAUACAUUUGUGUACAUUUAUAUGCGAAUUAAAAACAGUAUCGUCGAGUCAACACAACAAAAAGCAUGCAACAAGAGAUAUUGGACAUGAAUGGUUUGUUAAAAAUGUACCACGAUGGAGAAUCAUCAAUAAUUUUACUUGUCAAAUUACUCAAGCACAUGUAUAUUUGUGGAUUAAUAAUAAGCAUAAAAAAUGA